GCUCAGCCACCGGAGCUCACACUCAGGCUGGCGGGCCAUGGGGCGGCGAGUCCCAGCUCUGAGACAGCUGCUGGUGCUGGCAGUGCUGCUGCUGAAGCCUUCACAGCUGCAGUCCCGAGAGCUGUCAGGGUCGCGCUGCCCUGAGCCCUGCGACUGCGCACCGGAUGGCGCCCUGCGCUGCCCUGGCCCUCGAGCCGGCCUCGCCAGACUAUCUCUCACCUAUCUCCCUGUCAAAGUAAUUCCGUCACAAGCUUUCAGGGGACUUAAUGAGGUUGUAAAAAUUGAAAUCUCUCAGAGUGAUUCCCUGGAAAGGAUAGAAGCUAAUGCCUUUGACAACCUCCUCAAUUUGUCUGAACUACUGAUCCAGAACACCAAAAACCUGCUAUCCAUUGAACCUGGUGCUUUCACAAACCUCCCUCGAUUAAAAUACCUGAGCAUCUGUAACACAGGCAUCCGGACCCUUCCAGAUGUUACGAAGAUCUCCUCCUCUGAAUUUAAUUUCAUUCUGGAAAUCUGUGAUAACUUACACAUAACCACCAUACCCGGGAAUGCUUUCCAAGGGAUGAAUAACGAGUCUGUCACACUCAAACUGUAUGGAAAUGGAUUUGAAGAAGUACAAAGCCAUGCAUUCAAUGGGACGACUCUAAUCUCGCUGGAGCUAAAAGAAAACAUCUACCUGGAGAAGAUGCACAGUGGAGCCUUCCAGGGGGCCACAGGGCCCAGCAUCCUGGAUAUUUCUUCCACCAAAUUGCAGGCCCUGCCGAGCCACGGGCUGGAGUCCAUUCAGACGCUCAUCGCCCUGUCUUCCUACUCACUGAAAACACUGCCCUCCAAAGAAAAAUUCACGAGCCUUCUGGUCGCCACGCUGACCUACCCCAGUCACUGCUGCGCCUUCAGGAAUUUGCCGAAGAAAGAACAGAAUUUUUCAUUUUCCAUUUUUGAAAACUUCUCCAAACAAUGCGAAAGCACAGUUAGAAAAGCAGAUAACGAGACGCUUUAUUCCGCCAUCUUUGAGGAGAAUGAACUCAGUGGCUGGGAUUAUGAUUACGGCUUCUGUUCACCCAAGACACUCCAAUGUGCUCCAGAACCAGAUGCUUUCAACCCCUGUGAAGAUAUUAUGGGCUAUGCCUUCCUUAGGGUCCUGAUUUGGCUGAUUAAUAUACUAGCCAUCUUUGGCAACCUGACAGUCCUCUUUGUUCUCCUGACCAGUCGUUAUAAACUGACAGUGCCCCGCUUCCUCAUGUGUAACCUCUCCUUUGCAGACUUUUGCAUGGGGCUCUACCUGCUGCUCAUUGCCUCCGUGGACUCCCAAACAAAAGGCCAGUACUAUAACCACGCCAUAGACUGGCAGACAGGGAGCGGCUGCAGUGCAGCUGGCUUCUUUACUGUGUUUGCCAGUGAACUCUCUGUCUAUACCCUGACGGUUAUCACCCUGGAAAGGUGGCACACCAUCACCUACGCUGUACAGCUAGACCAAAAGCUAAGACUGAGGCACGCCAUCCCAAUUAUGCUCGGAGGAUGGCUCUUUUCUACUCUGAUCGCCACGAUGCCCCUUGUGGGUAUCAGCAAUUACAUGAAGGUCAGCAUCUGCCUCCCCAUGGAUGUGGAAUCCACUCUGUCCCAAGUCUACAUAUUAUCCAUCUUAAUCCUCAACGUGGUGGCCUUCGUCGUCAUCUGUGCUUGCUACAUUAGGAUCUACUUUGCAGUUCAAAAUCCAGAGCUGACGGCUCCUAACAAGGACACAAAAAUUGCUAAGAAGAUGGCCAUCCUCAUCUUCACAGACUUCACGUGCAUGGCGCCCAUCUCUUUCUUUGCCAUCUCGGCUGCCUUCAAAGUGCCCCUUAUCACUGUCACCAACUCGAAAAUCUUACUGGUCCUUUUUUAUCCUGUCAAUUCUUGUGCCAAUCCAUUUCUGUAUGCGAUCUUCACGAAGGCGUUUCAGAGAGAUUUCCUUCUGCUGCUGAGCCGAUUCGGCUGCUGUAAACGCCGGGCGGAGCUUUACAGAAGGAAGGAAUUUUCUGCAUAUACCUCCAACUGCAAAAAUGGCUUCCCAGGAGCAAGUAAGCCAUCCCAGGCUACCCUGAAGUUGUCCACAGUGCACUGUCAACAGCCCACACCACCGAGAGCGUUAACUCACUAGCAUUACAAAAUUGUGCCUAAAUAUGUUUUUUAAAAAGGUGUUUUAGAAAAAUUUUUAUCCUUAGGCACUUCAGGAGAAUUGUACCUGCUUCAGAGGAUGGCCUAUAACACUUGGUCGCAUAAGUUUCAGGAAGGUUUAGAAAUUUUUAUAAUAAUUUAGGCAGAAUAAUUUUUUGUUGAAUCUAAUACUAAGGAAAUCUAAGUUGUCAUUUUUCACGUCUCUGACAUUUUUCAUUUCAAUCUUGUGAUUUACAUUGUAAUCUCCAAAUAUAUUACUUCAUAGAAGAUUGAAAAUUUAAACUGGUCUUUGUCCUCAGAUGGUUUGAUAAAUAUAUUCAAGAGAUGCCCUGUGCAGUGUGACUGCUAGCCUUGCAUGGUAAAUAGAAGUUUCUUAGCCAUAUUCCACGUGCUUCACACUAGGAGGCACAGAUGCAAACUGUUUACAUCAGUGCAAGGAAUUCUAUUAGACAGCUCUAUUCUAGAGACUUCUAUUUCCCAUUUACACUCUGCUUAACUUUCCAUCUGAAGGCACAUGCUGCAUACUUGUUUGGCUUACAGAUCAUGAGUACCUCAUGGCCAGGAGCCCAUCUCAGCCCAUUUUGUUCCUCGUCUAUCUCAGGAUCUUGGAAAGGCUACACAGCAAGCAUGCCUAGCCAGUUAAACUCCCUAAAUCUACACAGGAAAAUAUUUCUACCACCUUAGCAUAUUGUUUUUGAAGAUUACAUGCUUUCUGUAUUUUGCCCCCCUCCUAGUAUCCCUUCCCAGAGUUCUUCACCCUGUGCCCCCUCCUCUUUGCCUCUGAGAGGGUACCCCUCCCCCAGGAAUAUCCCCUUCCCUGGGACAUCAAGUCUCUGUAAGAUUAGGCACAUCUUCUCCCACUGAGACCAGACAGGGCAGUCCUCUGCUCCAUGUGCUGGGGGCCUCGGACCAGCCCAUGUAUGCUCUUUGGUUGAUGGCUUCAUCUCUGAGAGCUCCCAGGUGCCAGGGUUAGUUGACACUGUUGGUUUUCCUGUGGGGUUGCCAUCCCUUGAGUUCCUUCAGUCCUUCCCCUAACUUUCCCAUGGGGUACUAUUCGCUCACAUUAUUCUGUCCUUUGCAGUUUAUUGGGAAAUACAGCCAGUGUUUGCCAGAAGCACUUGUUCCUACAGUUGACUCCUGAAGGACAAGCAGCCGAUGGGUCUAAUUGCAGAGCUCUCGUUGGCUCCUUUGCCUUUUUGAUGGAAAGUUCAUUACAUAUGCAGCAUCUCAGCGAGUGUAUCACAUAAUCUCACCAACUGAAUCUCAGAAAACCCUACAGUUCAGAUGUCAUCAAUCUUAUAUAAGAAAAAACCCAUCACCGUUUUUGAAAGUACUGAAAACUAGUAAAAGAUUCACUCUCAGAGCUUACUCACAAAGCCUAGCCUCUUUAAUGAUUCUCAGACUGAAAAAAAAAAUUCUUUUCUGAGUUACUUUGGAUUGAAAUACACCAAAAAUAGAUUACACUGAUACUCAAACAAAUAAUUAUUGGAGAGGUAGGUUUUGUUAUUUAAAAGCUUAUAUACAUUCAAAGUUCCUUAAGUUUUUCCAAUAUUUUAUUAUGAACAUUUUCAAAUAUACAGAAAUGUUGAAGAAACUAUGUAGUGAACACCUAUAUAUCACCACUUACAGCAAGCAAUAUUUUAUUAUAUUGACUUUCAUAUAUUACUAUGCAAUUAUCUGUUAUUUAUGUUGAUCAAUAUGUCUUAUAUUUUGAUAUUUUAAAGUAAUUUACAGGUAUAAGUCUUACACAAGAGUAUAGACUGUAUGCGCCCAUGUAUAUGAACUUUAGUACUCAUAUUCACCAAGUAUAAUAUAUAAUAUUUAUUUGCAUUUUAGGUAUAAUUUACAUGAAAAGGAAUGAGCAAAUCUUAGUGUGCCACUUGAGUUUUGAGAACAGCAUGCACCUAUGUGAGCCACACUGUGUCAGGAUUUAGUACAGUUACAGUUAGAGAGCUUCUCAUUGCGCAUGAUGGCUGGUAGUCUCCACAGACUAGAGUUUCCUGUCCUAGGUGGCAUAAGUGCCCACUCCUAAGCUAGCACUGAGAGAACUGUCGAAUCUGUCCUCAGACCUAUUCAUUCUUCUGCUAGUUUCUUCAUGAAGCAAAUGGACUCAGUGACCCUUCCCAAAGCCAUUCCUUUCCACUGCCAUGAUGGCGCCCUUCUCUAAUGGAUUACACGUCUUAAGAGAUCUCUUCUGUGUGAAACAAAGAACAUUGUAGGGCUCUGGUGCCCGGUGCCCUUCACAGCGAUCUCUGGUCGGGCUAGGAGCUCAGGUUCGGGGGAGGGGGAAAGAACUCAGGCAGGGGGAGGGGACUGCUUCUGCUGCCCCCCCCACCGGUACUUUUCCUUUGUGCGGCUGCCACUUGGGUUGCUUGACAGGGCUGAGCCAGCAGGGGACUAACUAGCCGGCCAGGGGUGUCGGGGAGCUUCUGGCAGCGAUUUCGGGAGAGUGGAUCUCUUCCUGAAGCGGUGGUGUUACAGCUCUUAUGACAGAAGCUCUCAGACGAUGGAAUAUUCCCUGCGCACCUUUAAUUCUGAACAUAAUAGUUAAAUAGGUUUUUGGAUGGGUCAGUGUCUGACAGCAGGUACUUCCUAUUGGUUUGGCCUGAGAGCUUAGGAAGACCUCAUCUACAUAUUCAGGGCGUGGGCCUGUCUCUAUGACUGAUCUGUCUUCAGCCUAUGUGACCUGUGGUCACAUCCUCACCUGUGGAGGAGGGGCUUGGAGCACUGCUUUAUGUGACUAGUCUGUCUCAAAUCUCUCUACAUGGGUUUGUGGGGGGCUACAGCUAGCGACACCCUGAUCUGAGAGGCUGGGAAUGUGCCUGCCAUCAGGGGUCCCCCAGGGAUUCAACCUGUCUCGACCAGGAAUCAGGGUACCUUUCACUGCCUGUCACCCCACAGAAUAUGAUAAAUGUAUAACCUACCACAGACUCUCUACAGACUUCUUUAGCCUGCACAUCUUUGUGCUGCAUGUGUACUACAUGCAUGAUGCCUGGUGCCCACAGAUGCCCUGGAAUUGGAAAGUUGUGAGCACUGUGUGAGAGUGCUAGAAAUCAAACCGUGCUCCUUCGGGAGAGUAAUUGGUGCUCUUAACCACGGAGCGAUUUCCGCAUCUCCUUUAGACUUCUUGAGCAUUUUUCUAUACCACUUUUUCCCUUUUCUAGAAAAGAAAUAGGGAUAUUAGUUAGCAAUACAAACCCAUUCUUAUUUCACCUAUGUUAGGAAGAUAAACUAUUUUCUUUUAACACAUCUGUUUUUCAACCUGCUUCAUUUUUAUAACUGAAAUAUAAAACUGCCUUUGUUAAGAAGUAUUUCAUGUUCAAAAUAUCUAGAAUGUGUGUUACUAUUCUGUAUAAUCUCUAAUGGCUAAAUCAUAAACGCUCAAUAAAUCCAAAUCUCUUUCUUGUAUUUUCUCACCAUGUUAGAUAUUAUUGUAAGUCAACUGCAAAAUGCCUUAAAAAGAUUAAUCAACCUGGAAUAAAUCAUCUAAACUUAU